CUCACUGAUGUUAGACACAAACUUUUGCGCCAGCAGUGAAGCACUGAACGAUUUUCAAGUAAACAUGGAGCACGCCCCCUUCGAUGACCAGAUCUUCAACGAUUUCUCAGGUCCACUUAGUCCUCUAGGAGCCAAGCCUCUAGCACCUUCCGCCACCGGAGUUUCCAGCGCUGGCCAUCACGGUCUACAUCCAGUCAUGUUGGGCCUGCCGCCAAACUCUGUACUGCAACACAACGGCAGUGGCGAGAUGUGCAGCCAACGAUUGCCCGACUGUAAUACACUUCUACCAGGUGGCUCGCCAAAACUAGAUCCCUACAAAACAUCUGACUAUGGUCAGAAAUUAGAUUACAGUUCUGUGAAUAAAAUGGGUUGCUACUCACCUACUCAGAAGUACGAGUACACCACUACCGUUGUGCCCAAUGCCAACAAUCAGCACAAAAUCGAUCACCACGCCGCACAUCCGCACCAGUACUCAGCCACACCACCUCCACCACCGCCGGCCAGCGGAGGUGUCGCCAGUCCAAAUGGCAUGCUGCACCACAAGCAAAUGCACAGCCAACAUCAAGCCCCCAUGCUAGCCGAUUACCACUCACACAUGUCGGGGAGCAACGGAAAGCUCGACUAUUCGCCAAACUCUGCCGCCGCAGCUGCUAAAUUGGAGUAUGAACAGCACAUGCAACAGCUCUACGGAUCCAGUCCCCAUCACACACAACACGGACAUGACGGUGGCGGUGGCGGUGGCGGCACAAUAGUGUUAAAUGGGAAUGAGUCUGCGCAGCAAGCAAAUGGCCUAAUCUCUAGCAAUAUGACGCAUAGCGGCGCUGGGGAAGGCAUUCUGAUCCAUAGCAACAAUGGUGCAACAAGUGUGGUGGGCGUUACAAUGACGGGCGUAACGGUGACACAAGCUGGUGGCACAGUAAGCAAUACACCAUCGGGCAACAACCAUAACAACAAGCAUAAAAAGGCGGAUGAGAUGUGUCAAAUGGCGUCCAUAAAUGGCAGCGGUGGCGAUAUAAAUUCAAAUGUUAGCGGCGGCAAUGGAACCAACAAUGGCAAUGGCGGCAAUAGCAGCGCAAGCGGUCCCCAAUCGUCGACACCGGCAGCAAAAAGUAAGAAUGACAAGAAGAAGGGCGACACCAAUGGCAUCAAGAAGAAGAAAACUCGAACCACGUUUACGGCUUACCAGCUGGAAGAACUGGAACGUGCCUUUGAGCGUGCCCCUUAUCCAGAUGUGUUCGCACGCGAAGAGCUCGCCAUUAAACUUAACCUAAGCGAAUCUCGAGUUCAAGUGUGGUUUCAGAACCGCCGAGCUAAGUGGCGCAAGCAUGAACCACCGCGGAAAACCGGCUUCAUCAAGACAAGCACACCGCCCACCUCCUCAAUGAACACGCCGCUCGGACCACCGUUUGCUACCUUCCCACAAACGACUACCGUUACGCCACCAGGCAGCAUGGAUAGCUGGACAAGCUAUCAACCACCGUAUGAACUGAGCCCCCAAUUCAGUCUGCUCUCACCGGCCGCCAGUCCUUAUGGUACUUAUUCGAGCCAAUACGGCACCUACGUCCACGAAAGUCAACUCUUCCCCAUGCGCCAUUUCGAAUAUGGCAGUCCACCCCGGUUGGAAAUGGGUGGCCCUGGUAGUGGUGCGGAUGAUGGCGGCGCAACGCAUAAAAUACACUCCACCGAUGGCGGCUAUGGCACAUCGCCGUUGGAUGAGGCCAACAAUGCCUCUGGUCAUAUGGGCGACCACAAUGUCGUAGUUAUGCAUCAUCAGGUCACAAGUAAUGGAAAAUAUCUAUCUAGUGAGGAGGGGAAAUAUGUGAGCGUGGGUGGUGUGCCGCACACACUAAGCCCCUUGGAUCCGCACCAUGCCAAUGGAGGCUGCCACAUAGCAGAGGCUCAAUCACACUCACACGAUGGUCACAAUGCGGUAAUGAAACAACAACACUACGGUACUAUUGUAACAGGAUCGGUGGGCUCACAAAGUGUGGACGAUCCGAGCAGUGAUGGCACCACUUCCAGCCUACAAACUGUGAUCAAGAAUGAGGAGAAUGGCAGUGGGCCAGGCCAAGGUGCCAACGUGACUCACAGUUACGUGUUGCCGCCUUUUUUGCACUAAAGGAAAUGCUCUCACAUCGGAAGCAGCGUCAAUCUCAGAUGCAAUGGCCGCUGCCGACAACUGGCCAGAUGAGUCAUGAAAUGAUCCGACGCCGUCGAAUUCAACGUAAUAGUACAGGCAGCGGCAUCGUCUCUAGAAGCUGUUUUCAACGGCCACUAUGAUGCGGAUUUAGGUAGAAGGCAAACCCAAGCACUCACGACACAUUUUGUCCAUGGAUGCGCUUUAUGGUGAAUUGAAUAUUCAAGAGUUGAAAAGCAGUUACUGCUAAAUUAGCAGAGGUGUGAAGUGAAGAGCAUUUCAGAAAAAUAUAUAUUUUUUAACACUAUUAGUUCCUUUUUACUUUUAAGAAGAGUACGUUCAUGAUUAUUAGGAUACCUCACGAACAAAGAAAAAACUGCGGCUUUCCAAAGCGAAUCAUAUCAAUUUUAAUCUUAAUGGUUCUUACCAAAAUAUUUUAUUAUAAUUAAACUAUUAAAUUAUAAAUUAUAAACGGGGUGCGUUUUUCGUUACAAUGAAGUCCCUUGAAUGUAGACAUAAAAUAUAUGCCUUAAGAUUAUAAAGAAAAAAUUUCUUAAAUCUAAAUAAAUGGCAAGGAUACUUGUAUAACUCAGCUCAUAUCUUAAAUCCAAUUUUUUCA